AUGUCAACUUCUUUGGAAGAAUAUUAUAGUUUAUAUACCAAUCCAUUGACUGUUAUACGAUUCUAUCAGAUCGGUUAUACAUUCACGUUUAUACUUGGUUUUCUUGGUAAUACUGCUAGUUUAUUAACAUUCUCUCGGCCAACAUUACGAAAAGUAUCAACUGGAUGUUUAUUUAUUAUCUUAGCUAUAUUUGAUACAUUAUAUUUGCUCAUGUGUGUAUUUGAUUAUCUGGAAUUUGGUUUCAAAGUUCCAUUCUAUCCUCAUAUUGCCUAUAGUGAAUUUUGUCGUUUUCGCUAUUUUGUUAUGAAUGUAUCGCAAGUAGCAUCAGCAUGGAUAUUAGUUAUAAUUGCUAUUGAUCGAUGGAUUCGAACACAAUUCCCAUUUAAAUCAGGCUCAAUCUGUACACCAAAAAAUGCUUUGAUAGCUGUAAUUAUAUUACUUGUUAUCGAUAUAGGUUUAAAUUCUCAUAUGUUGACUCCAAUGUUUGGAAUAGAUAUACCAGGCUUAGCAUAUGGUUCAUGUGGACCAAAUUAUUUCACGGAUAAGCCAUAUUUUUUAUUUUAUUACAUACAAUGGAGUAUGAUUCAGAUUUUUACAACUUGUGUGGGACCAGUUAGUUUUAUGUUAAUGACUCUUGUUGCUAUAUUUAUUAAUAUUUAUCUAAGAAAACGAGCGAUUAUUCAACCAACUCAAACUAUACAUGGUAAUCAAAAUAUGAUCCGACAAAAGCAAAUGCAUAAACAAAUGCUUAUUCUUAUGUUUGCAAUUGUAUAUAUACAACCGGUACUUAUUGAUAUUACUAUUAUCUGGACAGCAUUAGGUUGGGUACAAAGUUUGAAUUAUGCAAUAAAUUUUUAUAUACAUUGUUUAACUUCAACAUUAUUUCGUACGGAAUUCAAAUUAUUAAUGAAAAAUAUAUUUCGUAAAAAUCAAAUGAAAGUGACCAUUAUAGGGAAUUUGAAGCAUAACACACAUGCACAAAUAAUAAAUCCAUUAGCGAAGAAAUAA